AUGACCAUUUCCCGCGCCCUCAAGGCCUUAACCGCCAUGACUUCACUGAACCUGCAGAAGCACGCUCACUUCAAUCCGAACCAGAACUUGGUUCUGGCUGACUGCGGCAUUGGUUCCAACCCAGAGAACCAGACUUGGUCCACCUCCCGCCAGAUGAACUGGUACCAGGGUGCUAUCUGGUCAACUCCCGCUGAGACCGAUCCUGCCCCUCCUGACCUGACGGUUCAGAUGCCAUACGGCGACGGAACAUACCCCUGGAACUUCCACGGUGCCUCCGCCACCUUUUCCAACGGCGAGACCUGGUCCGCCUGGAUUGAAGAUGGCACCCCGGAGCUCUUGCGUGCCGGAAAGGCCAUGAGCACGAAGGACGGCGGUACCACUCUCUGGUGCUACACUUACCGAGGACACCCUGUCGGUUUGAGCGUCUCUGGCAACUCGACCUGCACCUCGGCCUUUGUCUGUAACCAUCUCGAGACCGGCCCUACUCCAUGGGCCCGGGUUCCCGGCGCAGGUGCUCCCGCAGACAACGGCACCGUCAUCACCGAUGGUCCAAGCAACUCAUCCGUCACCGGGGACACCUUGGCUAUCCAGAUCGAGGUCAGCCCCCGUCCUGCUGUCUGGUAUGGCACCAUCAACCACUUCCUGAGCAGCAUCCUUUUUACUAUCGACGGCGUUUGCAGUCCCAACUCCUUUUCUAACCGUCUCAACUCGACUGUCACGGCCCGCUGCCAAGGAACCAACGACACACCCCUCAAUUUCUUGCCUGUGCUCUUCAACGUCGUCAAGAACCUUGGAUCGCUCCCCGGUCCCAAUGGCUACUUCGUCCAUAACCACGGACCAGCCCCCUUUGCCAACGAUACCUCGGACGAUACUCUCACUCUUCCUACCACCUUCAACCUUACCGCCUACGACAUGGUGACAAGGGAGCUCAAAGGCUUCAUUGGCUACGAAAUGAAGUGGUCGGAGCCAAACAUGGGCAUCCAUUGCAGCGAAUGCAACACCACCCAGUUCGACACAGACUACAACACGGCCGUCGCUUCGGCUUUCGAUGUGCUGUAUCCCACUUAUUCCCAGAUUGUCAUUGAGAGCAAGUGUACAUUUGACACUCUUUGCUGGUAA